GAGUUACAGGCUCGUCAAGCUUCCGAACGGCCUUCGAGUCUUGCUGAUACACGAUCCCCCCGCUGCGGUGGCGAACGGGAGCAACAGCAAGAGCAGCGGCGGGAGUCAGGGAACCAUGGACUGCAGCUCUGAAUACGAAGACGACGAUGAUAAUGAAGAAGACAAGAAAGACUCCUAUGACAACAAGGACGACGACGACGACGACGACGACGACGACAACGACGACAGCGAGGAGGAAGAGGAGAGAGAAGGGCUAGACGGCCAGGACGAAGGGGAGCAGCAGCUAGAGGGCGUCAAGAAGGCGGCGGCGGCGAUGGCGGUUUCCGUGGGAAAUUUGUCGGACCCCGAGCACUGCCAGGGCCUGGCCCACUACCUGGAGCACAUGCUGUUCAUGGGCUCGACCAAAUACCCCGACGAAAACGAGUACGACUCCUUCAUCUCCGCCAGCGGCGGCUCCACCAACGCCUUCACCGAGUGCGAGUACACCCUCUACCACUUCGACGUGCUGCCGCAACACCUGGAGAAGGCAUUGGACAUUUUCGCGCAGUUCUUCGUGAGCCCCCUGAUGAAGGCAGACAGCAGCGACCGCGAGCUGCAGAGCAUCGAGAGCGAGUUCUGUCUGUCGAAGAACAACGACUCUUGCCGCCUCCAGGAGCUGUGCAAAUUCUGCUGGGGAAACCUGCACUCCCUGCGGGAAGAGCCCCAAUCCAAGGGGGUGGACGUGCGGCAAGAGCUGGUCGACUUCCACGCCAAGCACUACCGGGCGUCCGCGAUGCAGCUGGUCGUUCAGGGAGGGCAGACCCUCGACGAGCUCCAGGCCUUGGUACUCUCGACCUUCUCCGGGAUUGCCGUUGCCGCCGCGGGCGGGGGCGACGACGUCAAGAAGAAGAAGGGGGGGGGUGAGGGCGGUCUGCCCGAGGAGUCCGCGACGGUGGCAGCGGCGGGCCUGCCGUUCGACGACGCGGGGGCGCUGGGGAGGGCGUUUCGUGUGCAGCCGGUCAAGGACGUGCACCGGCUCCAUGUGACGUGGCAACUCGGGGAGCAACACAGGUGUUGUGCCUGUUGGGGGUCUGCCUCUGCCUGCUAA